CUGACUCUGUCUCACUCAUUGUGUGUGCUCUUCUUAUUCAAUUCCCUAUGCCACAAUUCCAUAUCUGCCGGUGAGAAAAGGCAAUGGCUUUGUGGUGUAGGGUCGGCCAAUCCAAGUUUAAGCACUUGUACCGCCAUUUUAAGAGUGUCCCUUAUGGAUCUUUGCUCAAUUCUACUGUUUCAAAUACGAAACCAUGUGUUUCUCCAGAGAACCCGUAUUUGUCCUUUCUCAAUAAACCCACUGAUUUUUUCAACAAAGUGAGGUUUUUUGCUGCUCCUGUUCAGGUUAAGCAAAAGGAGGAGAAGGAUCAGAGUGGACCGCGAAUAAACGAGCAAAUUAAGGCUGAGUUUGUUCGGCUUGUGAUGGAAAACGAGCAUGCAAUUGUCUCGAGCUGUGAGGCUCUGGAUCGUGCAAGGAAACUCAAGCUUGAUUUAGUCGAGGUUCAAGGGAAAACCAAUCCACCUGUCUGUAAAAUAAUGGACUUCCAUAAAGAGAAGUAUCAGAAAAAAUUGAGGGAAAAGGAUCGUGCAAAAGUCAAGUCUGAGGGGACUUUGCGAACAGGAACUACUAAAGAAAUCAGGUUUUCUGGAAAAAUUGAACAAAAAGACCUGCAGAUGAAAGCGGAUAUGGUAAAGAGAUUAAUGGAGCAAGGUUACCGAGUGAAGUGUACUGCCAGGGGGACUGCAGAUGCCUUGGAAGGAACUUUAACCCGUCUCUCUGCUUUGAUUGAAGAUAUAGCUGUUGUUGAAAGUGGACCACAUUUGGGGAAAGAUGGUGCAUAUGUGAUAGUCAGGCAUGUAAAAUUUGGCUUAUCAAAGAAGGGCGGUGGAAAAAAAUAUCAGGCUGCAGGAGAUACGAGCCCUAAAGUUGAGAAGGUCACGUCAAACUCAAAACCAGUUGUUGAUUCUGGUGGUCCUAUUGAAGAUCUGGAAGUGGAGGACAUCCAUUCUGGUGAAGCUGACCAAGCUAUAUCCUCAAAAGCGAUGCAAAAUGAAAAUCUUAGGGGCAAGAGGACCCCCUGGUCAGUAUCAGAGUCUAGUGAUGAUUUUGGUAAAGUAUUCAACUUCAGUGAAGAUGCAAAGAGAGUUGCCUCCAAUCCUACAAUUGAACCAAUGGCUGAUUCGCUACAUGGGGCCUCCAUUCGUUCUGAUAGUGAUGGUUCGGUAUGGCAUCCCAAACAAGUUUUUGAUUCUACAAAAGCACACCCAAUCGCUUCGCAAUCAGAUCCCAAUAUGACUGAAAAUAGAUACAAAAAGAACAACACAGUAAAUCGAUUUUCAACAUCUAAAGUAAUGGAUGAUAAGGGCAUGGGUACAAGAGACCCAGUCAGGUUCCAACCCAGAUUUUCAAAUUAUGGAAGGCAACCACCAACAGAUAUGAACUUCUCGCCACCAACGAGGGAGAGUGGGAAAGCCGAGGUCAAGGCUCCUCUAUUUAAAAACUCGAAGCUUCCUCUUGAUGAUACUGCCAAGCAAGAAUCAUCUGGUCCUGGUGCUCCCAGUACUCCAAGGCCUGGUUAUGGAAUUUUUAGUGCUCAAAGUGCAAAUUCUCCAGGGAAACAGAGUGUAGCAGGAGAAGUUAACCGGAAUAGAGAAGAAAACCCUUAUUCUGCGAGAAAUCCUGCAAUGAAAGGGUUCACAGCAAACCAGAACCCACCCGGUUCAAAAUCUGGUGGAAGCCAGCCAGAGAUUGAUAAAGGUGGACAAGGGGGAUGGGGGAUCUUUGGCAGAGAGAGCUCUAAUUUGGCCAGGAACAGUUUAUCUAAGGAAAACUAGGCUGCAAAUACAGUACACAUUGUAAUGAUUAUUUAUUUUCAAGGUGUCUGAUUGCUAAAUGAUAUUUUUAUUAGUCACGGUGCUUACCCAUUAUUUGAGAAGAACAAGAUAUUGAUUUCCCUUCAAAUAUGUAUUAUUAGUUAGCACGCCCUUAUAAUAUUUAACAGGCUGCUGAAAAUUUUGA